UUUAUUUGUUUAAAACACUAACAUCCGAUACACAAAUCUGAUAGGUUUAUUCCAAAAUGGUGGACGUUUGUUGUGCUUUCCAGUGAUCUGUUUUAAUUUUCCCAUUCAUAUAUAUGUAGAACUUUGAGGCCACUAUUCCAAUAAGAUUGGAAACAUGGAUAAUGAUGAAAAGGUUCCUACAUUGUCGGAAUGUCCUAUAAAAGAUGAUGGGGAUGGUAAAAGAAAUGUUGACGAGGAUUCAAAAGAAACGGAAACUGCUACGGACGAAAUAACUAGUGAAAAUGUGAAAAGUGAAGUAAAAGAAUUACAAAGUGAUAUAAAUUGUGUAAGUGACCUAGAGAUUACAAACAAACCACAAAAUCAUGUGGACCAUAUUGCCAGUGAUAAAGAAGGUUGUGUAGAAAACAGUCAAUCUAGUGAAAGUGACAAUAUAGUGCCCUUAGACGAAAGCAGUGCUGCGGAGCAAGAAAAUAAAGAAGAACCUAAAGAAGUAGAUAAUGGAUUAAGUUAUGUAAAUACUUUUGAAAAAAGUAAUGACACAGAAGGAAAUGAAAAUGUACAAGAAACAUCACCAGAAUAUGUAUCACAAGAAGAAAGUACAGAUUCACAAAGACAAGAAACAGAAAAACAAGAAGAAAAAACAAAUGUAGAAGACGAAAUAACUGAUAUAAAGGAAGAAACCACAGGUUUGCAAGAAGAAAGUUCAGAUAUACAAGAAAAGAGAUCAGAUUCACAAGAAGAAAGAACAGAUACACAAGAAAGUGCAGAUAAACCACAAGAAAGUGCAGCUACACAAGAAAGUGCAGAUACACAAGAAGAAAAAACAAAUGUUAAUGAGACGAGUGAAAAGACAGACAACGAGGAUAGGGAUGAAAAAAAACAUGAGGUUGGAAAACCUGAAUUUGAAACUGCCCCCAAUAUUUCAAUUGACGAACCCCAAGAUGAUCAUACUCAGGCACUUGAUCCAUUUGAUACUUUAUUGAGGGAACAAAAUGAUUCAGUGACAGAAACUACAGAAACGGCAACACAAGCAACUGUCAAUGUAUUAGAUGAGGAAGAUGAUCAUGAUGAUUAUAAUGCUGACAAUCCAGUGGAUGAUGAUGAUGAACAUAAUGCAGAAGAUGUUUCACUAGAGGAUAAUGUGGUGGCCGAACUUGGGGAAGAGCCGGGCGCAGAUGAAGAGGUGUGCUUACUCCCCGACACAGAGCGGGAAAUUUCUGAAGCCGAUAAAGCUGAGGCGGAGAAGGUGCUUGCAGAAAAAAGAAAGCAGGCUGAGGCAGCUGCAUCUGAAUUAGCAGAAGAUAAUGAACCUAAAAAGGAGAGUGAAGCAGAAGCAGAAAAAGAGAAUGAUAAUACAGAGGAGGCAACAAAUAGUGAGACGGGGGACGCAGCAUUCGAAGUUGAAGACGAACAGGAUGACGCCUCACAAGAAAAUGGAGAUAAGGAAAAUGAAAAUGAAGUAUCGGCAGAUGCUGGCAGUUAUGUUUUGAAUACUAUUCAAGAAAUUGAACCUUCAACAAGAACAUGUAUUCAAUGUAAAACAGAAAAAGACUGCAUUUACCAUUUACCAAACAAUAAUGAAAGUGAAGAAUAUAUUUGUAGUGAAGAAUGUUUAAAAUCAUUUCUAUCAGAAAGCCCAACACAAGCUCCAGUUGCCGACUCUAAAUAUGUUGUUGAAGAAAUUAGUCCAGAGUUACUUACUUGUUCAGAAUGUGAAGAGAAUAAAGAAUGCUAUUUCUAUUAUAAAUUGGAUGGAGAAGACACAAAUUAUUGUUCAUUAAAUUGCUUACAUAGCAUGAUGGCGGAUGAAAAAGAUAAAUAUGUUAUAAAAAGAAGAAAGAUAGUAUUGAAUGAAAUAAAAUUGAAAAAGAUGUGUUUUGUUUGUAAUGAGAAGAAAAAAUGUUCAUUCUCAAUGAUACAGUAUGGAUUUACACAAUAUAUUUGUGACCAAGUUUGUGUUAAGAAUUUAAACGAUACAGAAAAUGGUAGAUAUGUGUUGAUGAAGAAACGUCCUACGCCAAAAGUUAAACAAACAAAUACCUCUCAAACGAACCCACCAUUGUUGAAAUUAAAAGUAAUAAGUAAUGCCACAGAUAAAUAUUUAGAUGAGGCAUAUAAAAUACAGACAAAAACUCCGGCAAUGAUACAAGCGGCUAAAGAGGAAAGACAACGAACAUUUAUCCGUUCAUGUACACAAUGUUACUUAAUGUUGUCUUCCGAGGAACGGAUGUUGACCUGGGAGACGAUGGACUUUUGUAAUGAGGUUUGUUUGGGACGUUAUCAGAAUAGGAUCGGAGCUAGAUGCGCUAAUUGUAACAGUGCCGUACAGCAUACUAGUUUAGGAAAAUACUGCGUUAGAUUCGGAUAUGACAUCCGUCAGUUUUGUAAUUCUAGCUGUUUAGAGGAAUUUAAAAAAUCCUUGAAAAUUUGUUGUUACUGCCAAAAGGAUAUUUCGGCUGGAUUGCAAGGAUUUCUAGCGCCCGUGGGCGAUAAAGGACAGUUUAAAGACUUUUGUUCUCAAUUAUGUGUGGAAAAGUUUGACCAUAUGAGUAAAAAUCCCAUUCCCAAGCCGGUGUGGGCCAAGUGCGCGGUUUGUGCACUUCGUAAGGCCACCACCAUUGAGGUGGAGGUCAGUGAAGGUGUAUCACAGAGGCUGUGUUCCGAUCCGUGUUUUGCUGCUUUCAAAUUUGUAAAUAACCUUUUCCCAGAUCAAUGUUGCUGGUGUAAAAAAUAUUUUGAAAGAAAAAUAGCAAAAGCUUUUACAAUCUACGAAAACUCUAGCCCGCAAUGUUUUUGCACUAAAUCCUGUAUGAAUGUGUACAUCAGUAACUCACGUCACAUAGUGCCGUGUAACUGGUGUAAAGUGAAGAAGUACAAUUUCGACAUGAUACGACGCGUACAAACUAACGGACAGAUAGUUUUAAUGUGCUCACUAAAUUGUUUGAAUCUUUAUCAAGUAUCGGUUAAUGCUGUUUCUUCAAGAAGAACAAAAUGUGACAUGUGUAAACGCACCUCAUUAGCGCAGUACCAUUUGACAAUGUCCGAUGCCACAGUGAGAAACUUCUGUACAUAUCAAUGUGUUAUGUCAUUCCAGGGUCAAUACUCAAAACACCCUCCGCUGGUAUCGGGUGAGACAUUAGAACAGGCAAAGGCAGUACCGACCGGCGCGCCCAGGCGAACUUACCCAUCGGCAAAAAAUUCUGCCAAAAAUGUACAACGGAACACAUCAACACUGCCUGUUAUAUCGAACGUCCAGUCCCUGGCGCCUCAACAACCCACAGCUGCUUCUGCCUCCAACGCUCGCUCGAAGUCAAAACGUAUCGCAGCACAAGUUUCACCGGAGCCGGAGACCGCACCCCGCACCCCCUCGCCUCCGCCCCCACCCCCCAAACCCUUGACACCACCUCCACCACCGCCUCCCAAGGUCUACAACCACGUUAUAGUGAAAACACUGCCUCCGCAUGAAGUCGCUAACAAAGCCACCAUGACGAAACCGAUGAUGGUAUCAAAAGGUGUCUCCUGCCGUCCACAUCCUUGUACGAAGGAAUGUCAAACCGAUUCCAGCUUAGAACGGAAAAUAUUAAUACCCGUGCCUGUACCGAUUUAUGUUCCCGUACCGUGUGCGAUGUGGUCUUUACCCUUCCCGAUACCCGUGCCCAUUCCAUUACCGAUACCGACUCCAGUAUUUAUUCCAACAACGAGAAAUUCAGCCAAGGGCAUAAUGAAGGAGAUAAAUAAAAUUCACGAUAAAAUGCCGACGGAUCCGUUUGAAGCAGAAUUGCUAAUGAUGGCGGAAAUGGUAGCCGGUGACAAGAAAAAGGAUCACAGUGAUUCAGAUACUGAUGAUGAUAAUGAAGAUACAUUCAGCCCGGUGGGGGGUAUGGACGGCAACAAUGCGUUCGGUGAGGACAUGCUGCAGAUGGCACUCAAGAUGGCCACCGAGUACGAAGACCAGCCCGUAGACCUCGAGUCCGCGAUGACGGCAAAUACAAUCACACCCAGCUCGCAUCCUGGUAUGCCCGGUCUGGAAGGUGAGGGUAUGCACGCGCACCAGAUGAUGGUGCUGGAGCAGCAGCGUGCAGUGGCCGCACUCCGGGCGACGGCGCCCCGAAAACGUGCGCCUGCGCCCGAGGCGGCGCCUCCGCCCGCCCGCGCCACCCGCUCCAAACGCCGCCGCGCAGAGCCCGCGCCCCCACCGCCGGAGCCCCCGCGCGAACCUGUCGAAAAGCCCGACGCCAACAUGUGCCUCAAGUAUACGUUUGGUGUGAACGCAUGGAAGCAGUGGGUGAUGACGAAGAACGCGGAGAUAGAGAAGAGCUCUAUACGCCGCAAACCGUUCAAGUCUGAGAUCUUACAGCUAACAGCUGACGAGUUGAACUACUCGCUCUGUUUGUUUGUUAAGGAGGUGCGAAAACCCAACGGCAGUGAAUAUGCACCGGACACUAUUUACUAUUUGGUUUUAGGAAUUCAACAAUACUUAUUUGAAAAUGGCAGAAUAGAUAAUAUAUUUACGGAUCCAUAUUAUGAGAAGUUUACAGAUUGCUUGGACGAAGUUGCGAGGAAGUUUUCAGUUUUAUAUAACGAUUCGCAGUACAUUGUAACGAGAGUGGAAGAGGAGCAUCUUUGGGAGAGCAAGCAGUUAGGCGCACAUUCGCCUCACGUACUCUUGUCUACUUUAAUGUUCUUUAAUACUAAACAUUUCAAUUUAGUCACGGUAGAGGAACAUAUGCAACUGUCAUUCUCACACAUAAUGAAGCAUUGGAAACGGAACCCCAAUCAGCCGGGCCAGGCAAAGAUGCCCGGGUCAAGGAAUGUCUUGCUGCGAUUCUACCCCCCACAGUCUGCACUGGAAGCUAAUUCAAGAAAGAAAAAAGUGUAUGAACAACAAGAAAAUGAAGAUAAUCCACUUCGCUGUCCUGUUAAAUUGUAUGAAUUCUAUAUAUCAAAAUGUCCGGAGUCGGUGCGCACACGCAACGACGUGUUCUACUUACAACCGGAGCGGUCUUGUGUGCCCGACUCGCCGGUGUGGUACUCCACACAGCCACUCAGCCGCGCCGCGCUCGCAAAGAUGCUGCACCGCGUGAAGAUGGUCAAGGAGAUCAACAUCGCGCUACUCACCAGCUAAGAUUUCACCAUAAAGUCACUUGCUGACUUAGAGUAUACAUCAGUUUUUACCAGGAUCCUUGUAAACCUGCGGCCGAGUUAAAUCCACAUGGAUCCUUGUGGUCUCUGAACGAAGGCAUCAUCUUAUAAAGUACUAAUAGUAAUGUAUAUUUUUUCUACUUGUAUAUCAAUCUGU